AACUGCUGUAUUGUGACUGGUUUAUGUUUUAAACCGAGGGGAGGAGACAAAAACAGACUGGCACUGGCACGAGCAUCAGCAUCUGAAAGAAGCAGCGUGCAUCCCGUCUGAAGGCAGCGCGAGCGGGCAUACAGGGUAAACAACACACCGCCACCAUUUUACUACGGUUCCUAUGCUUUUCUUAUUCAAUGGACGGACUAUUUCUCAAUCCCCGAACGAUGACGGACGUCAAUGGCAACAGUAAGAUGAUGAACGCGGAGCUGGAGGUGAAAAAGCUUCAAGAGCUCGUCCGAAAAUUGGAGAGACAAAACGAACAGCUGCGGACGAGAGCAAACGCUGCGAACAAUUGCACCUCCAGCGCCCGACUGUCAUCGUCACCGACACCGGCCUGUAUCAUCGGCCCAGACACCGCUCCGUAUUACACGGGGAAUUACUGCGUUUCACCUCCGUCCAGACUAUCCUGCUCGUAUGGAUUAGGCACAUCAGAGGAACGCUAUCCAUAUUUCCAUCCGCAGUCAGUGAGUGAUGCUGCUGUGGAUGAUGCUACUGUACUGGAUGAGGUGGAAAUUCUGGACAUUGAUGUUGUUCUUUCCUGCGAUGGAGAAUCUGAUCAUAACUGGUUAUAUGUGUCUCCAAAAGCCAAGCUGUUUUCUCACUUUCUCCUGAGCCCUCUUCAGUGGUGUAGACAUGUACUGGACAACCCCAAACCCGAAGUGGAAUUAGCCAAACGCUCAUUGUGCUACAAACUGGACCAAGCCAAAAGAUGGAGAGGGGUCCUCACGAACUGUGCUUCAAGCGCUCUUUACAGCCCUGUAGAUGCACUCUCGUCUGUAACCAGCUGUUCUAAACCCUUUACUAAACCUGCAUUUACUGAACCAACAGGUAACACAGAUCCAUCUUCACUAAAUCACCAGCAGUCUGGCACAGCGAGGAACUGUUCUAGUCUAACCGAGAGAUCUCCCACAUUUCUCUACCACACGGCUACACAUGAUAAUAUUCAUCAGCCACGGCCUCUCAGUCCUCAGUCUUCCAUUGACAGUGAACUCAGUGUCUCUGAGCUGGAGGAGGACUCCAUCUCUAUGAGCUAUAAGAUUCAGGACAUGACAGAUGUGGAGGUCAUGGCGCGACUGCAGGAGGAAAGUCUACGACAGGAGUACGCGACCACCGCUGCCACGGCCACACGCCGUAGCGCCAGUUUUUCGCUGCACGCGGGUGCUCGCAGGGGUAUGAGAAGUGAGACUGACCUGGAGGAAGAAGAGGAAUACGAUCAGCUGUCGGUUCCUCAGCCACGACUCUUUCGUACGGCCUCGAUGCAGCGCAGCGCGUCUCACUCACAAAACCUCUUCAGCGCAAAAGACUGCAGGCGCAGCCCCUCCACACCUCAGCACCUCGACAGCCUGUCCCACCAGCAGCUACACAUAUCCAGCACAGCAGAGCCACAGAGUUACAGAGCCACUACAGACAAGUUACGGAGGAGUAUGCCAAACUUACUUCGAGCUCCCAGCAUUCCCAAUGUACUUAGCGGAUCCAAUAUUUCUGCUCUGACUGGCCACACUGCCACAUCGACCUCAUCUUUGUCGUUACUACGAAACAGUCAGAGUUUCGAUUCUCACAGCGGUCUCGCUAAGAUACAGUCUGCAAUUCCAUCUCCCGGUCAGUUACAGCAGCGAGUUCAGAGCGUUGGCAACUUCACAAUGACAACACGUCCACCUCUGAAAGCCACAGCCUAUGUUAGCCCAACAAUACAGAGUCCCACCACAAUGCCUUCCUCUGUUAGCCUCAACUGUAUCCCCAGCAGUAGUAUUCCUCUUCCCAGCAAACCCAGCACUCCUUCCACCACAAGUCGCAGUGCUCUACCUCGACCGGCCUCUUUUAUCGGGACAAGUGGUGCUUCACGCAGUAAAAUUGCUCAGCCUGUACGCAGUUUAUUAACACCACCGAAGAGUGUAGCUGCAUUGAGCACCCUGCGUGAUGGGAGUUGGAGGGAUGGCUGCUAUUAAGAUCUGCUGUGCACACUGUCCUGAAUUGUUUCGGACCCAGCUGGCUGGGCACACCUUUUGCUUAUAAACUUAGUGAAAUUAAUCCAAUAAUAUGAACAUAGUGGUGAUUUAAAGUGAAGUUGGAAAGUACUGUUAACAAAUGCAAUAUUAUUGGCUAAAAACCAGAGCAUCAUGCAUACAAAUGUUUACAUGCAAGUAAUUUCCCAAAUUGCAGCACAAUUUUUAAUCGCUUAAACCAAGCAUCAAAUGAUAAGAUUAAUAGACUGUGAUAAUAUUCAUUUUACGAUUACAAAUUGUUGAUUUUAUGAUUUAAUUAAGGCAUAUUUGCUGCUACCCAAAUAGCACUUUUACUGUUAACUUGCAUUAUUACGUUAGAAAUUCCUAUAUAGUGCAAGAAACGGCUAAACAGCCAGCAUUUCUGUAAUGGCACACUUGCAUUCCAUUUUAUAAUGUUGGCAAAUAUUUUGCAACCAGAAAAUAAAGUGAUCAUUUAAGAAAUGUG